CACAAGUCAGUGAUUCCUGGUAGACAGAUGUUGAUUUUUAACAUUCAUGUUUCUGAUAUUUUCCAAACUCUGAGAGCAGCAGUGAUCGGCUCUUUACAAUCAUCAUACAUCAACUUUCUCAUUAGAAGAGAAAAUCUACAGCAGCCAUGUUGUUGGCCGAAGCUGGAUGUUUGUUCAUGGGUUUCAUUCUGUGUCUCUCAGGUGUUCAGGGAAACGCAAACAGCAUCUGUGCCUUGAAAGGUUCAUCAGUGAAUCUGCCCUGCUCACAUCAACAUCCCACUGCAGGAAAUGGCUGGUACACUGGACACGAUACUGUCUCCAAGAUAAAGUUCUCAGUAGAGGAAACACAUGUAAAGUACAGCAUGUCAGCAGAGAGUAAUUUCACUCUAACAAUCAAUAAUCUGACAGAGAGAGAUGCAAAUUUUUACUGCUGCAUUAAAACUGCUGACAGAUCAAAGUGCCAACAAAGUGGAAUUCAUCUCCAAGUUACAGAGCUGCAGGUAAAGGUGAUUCCUGCCACAGAGGGACAGACAGUAACACUGAUGUGCAGCAGCAGCUGUCCUCUGACUGAAAAGCCUGCAGCCUACAUCUGGUACAAGAACAGAGAGUUUCUCUAUGAGGACUGGUCUCCCUGGUACCAAGAGCUGCUCAGCAGUGAGGAAGCAGUCACAUACUCCUGUGCUGUCAAAGGCUACGAGCAUCUCAGAGCCCCUGAAGUCUCUGUGGGUUCCAUCACAGAGACCUGCUUCAGUGUGACCUAUGCUAAAGGGAGAAUGUGUUCUUCUCAGCAGACAUCAGUGGACGAGUCCUGCUCCAUCACAUAUCCCAGAGAAAUUCAUGUCCAGAGGACUCCUGCUGAACACAGAGGUCACAUCAGACUGACCUGUAACAGCAGCUGUUUUCUGACUGAGCCUCUGAUUUCCUUUGUGUGGUAUGAGACCAGAAAGCCUACAGUGCAGGAGGGAAAACAGAUUCUAGUUUCCAGAUCUAAUCAUGACAGUUUGUCUUGUGCUGUAAAAGGUCUUGAGGAUGUGCGCUCUGCUGACGUCUGUGAGUAA